AUGACUGAAAUUAAACAAAAGUUGACCUCAACUUCAUUGCUAUUAUCAAAGUCAGUGCAAACUGUACCCAUUUCAGAAAUCCAAUUGUCAAAUUCUUUUAUUUAUAAUACCACUAAUACCAACAACAUUGGAAAAGAUUUACCUUUUGAUUUAAAAAACAAUUCUACUCUACUAUUCACCCAGGAAAAUCUUUAUUCUGAUACUAAUACUAACUGUAGUACUGAUAGUACUACUAGCAGUAGAAGAUCCAGCCAGAUAUCCACUGUUUCUUCCGUUUUUAGCGUUGACAUGCCAACGAAUGAUGUAAAACGUUUUUAUUCCAAAUCUAUUAAUAAUGAUAAGAAGGAAACAAAAGGGGGAAAACAGGAAAAAUAUAAAAAAAAUGAAUACUAUUAUGAAAAAAAAAAUAAUAGUAUUCUUCCAAUGGAUUUAUCUAAUAUUACAUUUGAUACUGAUGUUGGCAAUAACAAUUCUACGACUUCUAUAGAUUUGGGUCAAAAAAACUUGUCGUUAAAUGAACAACGAAUUAUAAAAAAUUUACUAGAUUGCUUAGAUACACAACAGUUAUUAAAAAUGAUAUACGCGGCACCAGCUGUGGUUCCGUCAAAGUAUGAUCACGUUGAUUCCAACGAUUACAAUCAAAACAAAAGGGAUUACACUGGCUGGUUAGAAACACCUUCCUGUUGCAAUUUAGAUAGGAAGAUAUAA